UUUUUUAACGAACCGCUGUUAAUUUUAGUGUUAAUUAAUUAUUUCUAGUAGGUUGUCACUAUGAUGGUAUAUAAAAUGAUUGAAUUGACGAGGAUUACAACAGAUAAGGGUCUCUCACGCGACCGACAAGAUGGCUAAGAUAAAUAAUUAUACCUGUGCUGUGGCGAGCUGGCUUGUUUUUGUUUUUGUUAUAAACUCUAAAGCAUACGCUGGUUUGUCAUCGUCAUUGAAUACUACUGAAACUCCCACGACUUCUCAUUCAAGCGCUUUCUUAGAUUCUGCUGAAAAGGACUCUUCUUCUUCAGAAGAAGAAGAAAAAGAAGAAAAGGAUCCAUCGACAACUUCACCACCUAUUGUACUCCAACCAAACAUCACCGGCGCUCUAGAUGUUGGUCAAGGUCUUCUAGUACCUCUGGUACCAGUAGUAGACCCUACAAGCAACACAACUGCAGCCAGUCCUCUGGUUGCAAGUCUUCUACCAGUAGCCGUCGAAUCAGUUUCUCCUACAUCCACACCAGCAGACUCUGAAUCCGAUGAAUCUAACUCCAGCUCGGCUGAGAUAAAAGAUGACAUGGAUGUUGCUGAAGACAUUAUCUUUAGACCACUAUUUAGGUAUCGUCAAGAAGUUGCUGAUCGUCAACAAAGUAGAAAAUAUUAUCAGCCGUAUUUAUACGCUUACCGUAAGCCCAAUUAUUAUAAUUACGACUCCGAUUAAUUUGUACUAGCAAGCUUGAAGUCAUUAUGUGACUGCCGUGGCUUGUGAAUC